AGCCAUUCGACAGGAAUAAUGGAGCAGAGUUUUCUCGUUGGUCUUUCUUGGCUGCUUUGUCGAAUAUAAAUUACCCCAGUCCCAUUCCCCAGUUCCCAGUUUUUCUCAUUUCUCUCAGUUUCUCUCCAUCCACUCUAUACAAUCAUCAACAUGCGUCUCAACAUCGCCAUCACCUCUCUCUUCCUCGCUGGUGCCUCUGCUCAGCUGGCCAGCAUCCUGCCAAUUCCUCUCCCCACCAAGAUUCCCACCCUCACUCCCUCCGCUUCUCCCUCUUCGACUCCCUCCUCGUCUGCAUCUGUCUCCCCCUCCUCUUCCGCCUCUAUCUCCGCCUACGCCACCCCCUCUUCCACCCCCUCUCUGAACCCCGACGAGUACGACUGCAUCCUCAACAACCAGCAGUGCUCGUGGCACAAGUCCGAGUUCGGUUACGGCAGCGACUACUGCGGCUCGUCGCCCUACCGCGCCGGCCAGAAGCUUUCCAGCGGAAACACCAUCGUGGCUGUUGAGAAGAGCGGCGAGUCUCAGGAUUGUGUGAGAAAGGCCGGUGUUGCCUGCUGCAAGGCUUUUGAGACUGCUUGCCGCAGGGGUGAGAAGUACCUCGAGUGUGAGAAGGCUUAGAUUCACUUGAUAUCUACGCAAAGGCGUUCUGCGAAUGAAAUGCAAAAUGGAUUAGAUGUUGAUAAUAUUGUUUACCUGUAAUGAAAUAAUCUAUUCCCCUAAUAAACUCCAAUUCCAAACUAACCUUUCUAUCCCUGGG